CAAACAAUAUAGCAUCCAAAACUUCAUACAAGAAAGAUCCUAACACAUGGAACUAGGGUUCCUCAAAACCUAAGUGAAGGGAAGUUACUCCAUAGAGAAGAGAGAGACUGCAGAAAUCUGAUCUAGAUCUUCAAUCUCCAUCUCCAAGCUUGAUUCCCGAGCUCCAAUGGUGAAGAAAUCCUCCAAAAUAGCUCCAAGAAUGUUCCCAAGUCGCUCUCUCUAGGGUUCGUCCCUUGGGUGUUUGGGAACCACAAACCCAGCUCUCCCUCUCCUUUGGCUCGAAAUUGGGUUAAAACCCAGAAUUUCCUGACUCACACGGCCAGGCCACACAGCCGUGUGGCUUACCCAGAUGCCUGUGUGAGCUUACCCAGAUACCCCGACUCACACGGCCGUGCUCGUGUUUCUUCUCCCGAAUUGCCAAAUGAUCUGCGAUUGACUUGAAACUUGCGCCUAUGCUUCAAUUCACAUUCUAAGACCUGAAAUGUGACAAAGGAGCACAACCUAGCGUAAAAUAGUCCAAGAAAGCAGAAACUCAAGCCAAAAUGAUCAAGAUACGAGGGUGCAAACAUGUGCAAAUCCGAUGUUAUCAUCGGUCCAUGGCCUUAUCCAGUAUCUACCCCCAGCGCUAUUUCGUCAACUACAACUCCAAGUACAGGAAUGGAGGGAGGCCGAGCAGACUAGGCCGGCUAUUCCCCACAGCGGCAAUGGGUCGGCGCCACCCCCGUUUCCGACCAGAAUUGGUCACGGGGGAUUGGAAGGAGAUCGCCCUCAUCCAGACACCAUUCAUGUUUGGUUUGACGAGGCAGCUAAACGUGAUCAAGGCGGCAGUGUAAGGUUUGUGGGAUUCCAAGUAUCAGGUAUGAUCCUCUUUGCUUUCGGCAAGGCUUAUGAAGGCCUUUCUGAUCCUUUUGUCAUGGAAUGCUUGGCCCUCAGGGAUGCUUUACAAUGGUGCCUAAUGCAUGGUUUUGUUUUUGUCAAAUUUCAUGGGGAUUCGCAACAAUUGAUUCAUCGGAUGGUGAGGAGUGAUGUGUCUCAUGAUCGGAGUGGUGCUAUCUUGGAAGAUGCAAGGGCGUUGGCGUCACAGUUCAGCUGGGUUUCUUUCUGUUUUGUCUCGCGCGCUCAUCGGGAGUUCGACGAUUGGUCGACUCCCGCGCUCUUCUUUCUUCUGUUUAUGACUGAAUUGUUACCGCUACCUUUGACAAAAAAAAAAGGCUAAAUUGAUCCAUCAAGUUUUGAAAAUUUGGCUAUUUAUGUAUAUUAUUCAAAAAAUGGCUAUUAUGGUCCAAAAAGUGAAAGUUAUGGCUAUACAGGUGAAGUUUGCCUAAAAAUAAUGCCAUGAAAUAGAUAGAAUUUUGUGCA